AUCGUAUCGGUUUUAUUAUUAUCUAAGUCAUGUCGAAGCAAGCGUUGGCUAAAAUACGUCAAUCCGCCAGCCUAAUACUUCUGGCCAAGGACAACAGAGCUGCGCCGUCCUGCUAUGAUUACAAUGCGCUGCUUUUCACACGCCACUCCAAGUCCAGCUUCAUGCCGGAUUCUUCCGUGUUUCCGGGCGGCGUUUGUGAAGCGAUAGACAGCUCACCCGUUUGGCUAAAACACUUUCAGCGCUACGACAUUAACGCUGCCAAAUUGCAACAGCUCUUCCCGGUGUCUGUGUCACCGAACACCUUGGAUGAGACUCUCAAUGCGGCUGUUUCGCUGCGUCUGACUGCACUACGUGAAACAUUUGAGGAAAUGGGCAUUUUACUCUGCCGUGAUCGGAAAACCUUGACCAGCACCGAUGGCUAUGCGCAGUUCAAUGAGCAAUUCGACCGUAAACACUGGCAGCAUGUGGUGCACAAUGAUGCCAGCAAGUUCCUAACGCUCUGCGAGGAGCUGGACGUGCUGCCAGAUCUGUGGGCAUUGCACGAAUGGUCCGCCUGGCGGACGCCUUCCACGUUCAAAAAACGCUUUGAAACUGCCUUCUUUCUAGCCGCACUUAAGACUCAGCCGCAGGUGCUGACAGAGCCUAACGAAGUCAAGGACUAUGCGUGGCGAGACCCCUUGGAAUAUCUACAGGCUACGCUACAAAAAAAACUUUGGCUGCCUCCACCGCAAUACUAUGAACUAUCGCGUUGUCUCAACUUCCAAACGUUGGAGGAACUGCGUAAUUUUGCACAGAAGCGCGCAUCCAUGGGCUAUGUGCUCACACAUCCGGUCAUGUACAAAUGCACUGAUGGGCUGGUGCAUUUGUUGCCCGGUGAUGACAUGUAUCCCGAAGAUCCCGAUGCGAGCAACGACAAAAUCGAGACAGGCCUUUCCACAGAGGAAUUUCGCUCUUUGGCCAAAAAGAAUUUACAUCGUUCAGAGCAUAAGAAUCAGCACGAAUCGCAGCUCCAUAUUAAUAUUAAGCCUGCCAAUGGUCACGUCAACCCCAUAGAUCCAAGAAGUCUUUAGCGUGGAAAGCAUUUAAAUUCGUUGAUGAAAACACAGGUGUCAUUCCACCAUAAAUACAACAGAGGCUUUAUCAGGUGCAAUUUUUGUUAAAAACGAAUUAUAAUUGUUAUAAUGUGUAUUUUUCUAAACAAGGAAAUGUAACAAAAAUAAACGACAAAGAACAAGAACUAUUGGAA